GGGAGGGGCUAAUCUUUCGGCUGGAAACUAACAAACAACCUGGCGAACAUGUUUUAGGAGAAAAGCUUUGAUCGUCAGCGCCUUCAUGACGCUUUUAUGCACACAUUUUGGAGCUUAGAGGUUUUCAAGAGAAAAAGUGAAGCUUCCGCAGUAAAAGAUAAAGAACAACGAGAUGGGAAAUUUGAUACUGAUGGUGUUUGUGCUGCUCUACCUGCCAACAGAGCUUCUGGCCAUUCAGGUGAACGUCCCACAGACUGAGAGAAGGACGAUGCUGUUCGCCUCUGUGAUUAUUCGCUGCGACUACACAACGUCUGCAAACCAACGGGAUGUAAUGGUUACAUGGAAGUACAAAUCCUUCUGUAAGGACCCGAUACUGGAUUACUACUCCACAGCUUAUCAGGCAGUGCUGAAUCUAGGCCAGGAUCCUACCAACGACUGCUCAGACAGCCAACGUAUCGUUCGUGUUGUGAUCCAGAAGAGGGGCGUCAACGAACCCACACUGAGCGCAGAUUACAGAAAUCGCAAAAUUACUAUCCGGAACAAUGCUGAUUUAGUCAUAAAUGAAGUGAUGUGGUGGGAUAACGGCAUGUAUUUCUGCACUAUUGAUGCUACUGGUGACACAGUCGGAGACUCUGAUCGUGAAGUCAGGCUCAUCGUGUUCCACUGGCUGACUGUCCUGCUGAUCAUCAUCGGCUUCAUCCUGCUCCUCAUGCUCUUUUGCAUAUGCUGCUGUCAGUGCUGCCCUCACAAGUGCUGCUGCUACGUCCGCUGUCCCUGUUGUCCUCGGACGUGCUGCUGCCCGGAGAAAGCUGUGAUGCGGCACCGGAUGGUGAAAGAAGCUGAGAAGGCCAUGGCUCCUUGGAUGAAUGGUCAACCUAUUUAUACAAGCAUCCACUCUAAUGCCUCCUCCCAGGGCGUGCCGUUGAUAUAUUCAGGUUCAGUCACUGACUACCCGACUAAACAGAACUUUGCCAUGAGUCCCGUUCAGCUCCUACCCAUGGCCCUGCAGCAGCCCCUUCCUCCCCAGCAACAGUACGUCCACAGCAGCCUGCAUGGCAGCACUAAAGGUAACAGCAACAUGCUGGACUACCUGGAGAAUCAGGUGAGAGGGCUGGAUGUUGGAUUCCCCCAAAUGGCUCCUCAAGCUGUUCAAGCGAUGCACCUGCAGUCACACGUGCCGCCCCAGCCCUCUCCUCCAGCGGUGCCCUAUGCCCCCGGACCACCAAGCAUGUUGUCAGCGCUGGACGAGAUUGGAGUGAAGGGUGAGGAUAGAAGGGUCAUCACUCUUCCUCCCAUCAUCCAGCGAGCACCCAGCUUUCCCUCCCGCAGGGGGCCCUCUGGUGGAGACGGAGCCAGAGGUUACCCCAGGAUGUCCAGCCAUUCCAGCGGGAGCACCAACCGAUCUGGAGGAGGCGUCCACCGAGAUGGCCGAGGAUACAGAGACGCAUCCCCUCCCAGACAGGGUAUCCUGAGGGAUUACAGUGAUGAUUCAGACUGGGACAACAGGCGAGGGAGAGCAGCACACAAGGGUUCAAGGUACGAGAGAGCAAGUUCAGGUGGGAGAGGAGGGGGGUCCAGGCCACGUACCAAAUUCCGUGAUGACCUGAUGGAGGAGGUGCAUGCUAAAGCAGGUCGGAGAGAGAGGAGCUACUCUCCUCCUCCGCACCGGAAAGGCUCCUGGAGCUCGGAUGAUGAGGACAGCGAGAAGAGGAAAGGAGGUAAAGGAAAGGAAUGGCCAGAGAAACCUCCCAGCUACUUCUCCAUCCAGCCCCAGCAAGGACGCAGUAACGGACGCCGGAACUACGACCGCUUCUCUGAUAGAAGCUCCCAUAGCAGUACCAGCGUAGUCAUCUGAAACAUUUCUUGUUUUUCCCUCCUUAUUGUGAAAAUGAGGAAGUUUAUAACUAAUCUAAUAUUGUGCAACUAUUGUAUUUAUAGUUUUAUUACAACGAAAAUGUUUGUCUAAUUAGCAAAACGAUGUAUCUGAUUGUUCCUACCUGCUAUUUUUUGUGUAUGUUUUUACUUUACGGUACUUUCAAAUACCAUUUUAAGGCAGCAAUAACAAAUAGAAUAGUCUACAGAAAUAUCUGUGGGAAAGAUAGGUUAUUAAACUUUUUGAUGUCCUUAUUGUUCACAGUGGUGUGAACCACUGAAAUAUGAAUGUGAUUUUCAUUAAUGUGUGCUUUUGUUACAAAUAUGAAUAGUUAUAAAAAAAUGUGUUUGUAAUAAAACAUUUUAGAUGCAA